ACACCAGUGUUCGGGCCUGCGCCCUUGUCCUCUGCUCUCGCACUUGCACGAUCUCUCGCUCUCGCCUACGUCUCGACACUCAACCCGGCCAGCCCCCGGCACGCCCGUCACAGUGAAACUGACACUGUCGGCGACUUCACAGUAUAAGAGGUGGUCGAGUAUCUGCCCUUUCCCUCAGCUCCUCUCUUUCAUACUUCGAGCUCAUCCCCAAGCACGAGCACUGGUUGCUCUGCUUUUUGUUUAUUCUCCACCCUUCCUCCGCCGACUCAAACGCCAAGAGUCGAUCCAUGCGCCAUUUCACAAUUGUUCUGCUCGCUGUGAGCGCUGUGGCACAGGUAUCUGCCCUCCCUGUUCACCGGAACGGAGUGGCCUGUGGCGCGGUGCCUCCAGGCUCAAAAUGCAUUCUUCGACACGACCUCGACGCUCGGUACCAUGCUGACGGUGUAUAUGGUAAACUGUCCAAGAGGAGACCCGGACGCAAGGAUCAGCCAACUAGCGGCAUGGGGCGGCCGAAACCGAAACCGCAACCGAAACCGAAGCCUACCGGAGGUAGUACAUGUUGCACUGUCAUGCGCAGAGAUGGGCCUGAGCGCGGCCUGGGGCAGUGAUGAACAACUAGUGUAAUGAAAGCGUGUCUUUAUUAUGGCCGGGCGCUGCAGUAUCUAUGGCUGAGGCCGUGUCGCCUCAUUCGCUAUCGAUUCCGCUCAGGGUGCCACUCAAAUUGUCGACGUUAAAAUGACAGGAAUUCCAGAGCAAUGAUGCAGACCUGCAGACCUUAUAACA